GUGUGAAGUGCCUUGAACUGAAAUUCUUCCCAGUUCCCCUUUCUCAAUGACAGAUUCGUUUUCAUACCAGCCCUUUCCACUGAGAGCAGAGACACUCGUGAUUGACUCCAAUGCUCCUAAGCAGAAGAUUCACUGUCCUGCUAUACAGAGGAAACACCAAGUAACCAUCAAAAUGUCCAGACUUCUCCCUGUGCCUGGUUCUUCUCUUCUUUCGUUGUUGCUGACUCUGCUCCUUGGCCUUUCUGGAAUCCGAAGCCAGGAAAAGCUCCAAGUGCUACAGCCUGAUGAUCAUGUUUCUGGGAUAGCGGGAGACACUAUUCUUCUGCAGUGUAUGGUAUCUGCUUUUUCACCACCAGGACCAGUGAAAUGGUUCAAGACAAAGAGCCAGAGAGAAGAAAUUUUCAAUUUCAGAGAUAUCCAUGACCGAAUAAAGGCAAUAGCCUUUCCUUGGAGCAAUACAAACUUCUCUAUCAGCAUUAGCCACAUCACCCCAGAGGACGCAGGCACCUAUUACUGUGUGAAGUUCAGAAAGGGGUUUAUUGAUAAUAAAGAGUUUAAAUCUGGCAAUGGCACCAAGCUCACUGUGAAGGUCAAACCCUCUGUUCCUUUGGUGUCUGGCCCCCAGGAGAGAGGAAGCAUCAACCAGACAGUGAUUAUCUCUUGCAAUUCAACUGGCUUUUUCCCUAAAGCCAUCAUCCUGAAGUGGUUUAAAAAUGGGAAUGAAUUCCCUGCUCUCUGGACUUCCGUUUUCCCCAAAGGAGAUAAUGUUUCCUACAACCUCAUCAGUACUGUGCAGGUGCUGCUCACAGCCAGUGAUGUUCACUCUGAGAUUACCUGUGAAGUUCAUCAUGACACAUUACAGAUUCCUCUGCGUGGGAAAAAGCAGCUGUCAGACGUUAUUCCACCUGAAAUUGUCAUUUCCAGCCUGUCAUUCCACAGCAGGUGGAUGGCAGCCACCUGCUAUGUGAUAAAGUUCUACCUCAAGCACUUAAAUGUCACCUGGCUGAUGAAUGGAAUCGUUGUUAAAGGAGAGAAGUCAACUAUACCUACUGAGGACAAGGAUGGCACCUACAGCCUUGAGUCCUCCCUUGUGGUCCUCAUGUCUGUGCAAAAAGAAAAUACUGGAUUCACCUGUCAGGUGUACCAUGACUCCCAGGCUCCUAUCAAUGAGAUUCUGAGAGCUUCAGCUUCUCCCAAGGAUGGUACUCAAACAGACCCAGUAGGCUCAGCUGUUCCUACACAGAUCUUAGUGAUUUUCCUCCUGGGUCUCAAGGUUCUGUUGCUGCUCAGUGUCUCCACAUUCUUUGUCCAUAGAAAGUGGAAGACAAAAGCUUCAAAGGCCAAUCAAAGGUCCUCUAGAAGUGGCUCUUCUCCAGAUCCUCAGUCUCAACUUUCUCCUGCUUCCAGACAAGAUCCUGCCCUGGGAUAGAAUACAGAGUUUCCUCCCCCAUGCUACUGGUUCAUAACAGCAGAUCCCAAAUC